UAGGUGGUGGUGGUAGCUGUUGUUGUAGGUAGUGGUGGUUGUUAGGUGGUGGUGGUAGCUGUUGUUGUAAGUGGUGGUGGUGGUGGUUGCUAGGUGGUGGUGGCUCUUGUUGUAAGACCAUGCAGAAGGUUGGCUUCUACGACGUGGCUUCACCAAUGGGUGGUGCCUACGCCUACCUCGGAGUGACCGCCACCGCCGCCGCUGGGUUCGGCUUCGCAUCCCUGUCCGAACCGCGGGGUCACAACGCCACCACCAACGCCACCACCAACGCCACCACCACCGCAACCACGGCCGCGAACUCCGCCACCGCCCAGGAAGAAGAGCAGCAACAGCAGCAGCACCGUCAGCUGCCCCUGAUGGAUCCCGACAGCCCCUACUGCGUGUCCGCGUGCUCCCUGCAAGAGGACGAACACGCCGCGGAGGUGCAGUCGGAUGAGUUCGACCUCCCGCGCGGGUGCGUAGCCAAACUGCAACGGGGGAUGAGGGCGUGCGGCCUGCAGCAUCACCUGCAGCAGCAGCUGCAGGCGCAGCUGCAGAUGCAGCGGCUACAGGAGCCCAGGUCCCCGUCGUCGAGUUCCGACGGCGAUGGAAAUCCGCGUAAGCCGCCAGUCGGGACCGCUGCCUCCCGCGGCCCCUGUGCGCCCUGCACGACGGCUACUGCGGAUUUCACGCAGCAGAUCUUCCCCUGGAUGAAGGAGUCGAGGCAGAGCUGCAAGCUCAAGGGCAAGGGUUCGCCUCCCGUUGCAGGCUCCGACGCCACGGGCGCCAGUGACAAAACCUCCUCCUCCUCCUCUUCCUCCACCACCUCCUCCUCCUCCUCCUCCUCUACCACUUCGUCGUCCACCGCUACCGCCGCAGCGGCUGCAUCCAAGCGGGCGCGCACCGCCUACACCAGUGCCCAGCUGGUGGAGCUCGAGAAGGAGUUCCACUUCAACCGCUACCUCUGCCGUCCGCGCCGCAUCGAGAUGGCGAACCUGCUGAGCCUCACCGAGCGCCAGAUCAAGAUCUGGUUCCAGAACCGCCGCAUGAAGUACAAGAAGGACCAGAAGAUUAAAGGUUUCGGUGGCUGCGGUGUUGGUGUGGGCGUUGGCCCACUGUCGCCGCCGUGCGUCGCUGCGGGUGGCGUGGGUUUGGGGUCGAGGCUGUCACCCCCUCGCGCGUCACCGCCGGGGCUCCCCCCUUCGUGUCACUUCGCCCUGGGGGGUCACCCGCUGCACGCCUACGACCACCGCUCGUCGCCGCACUUCUUCGGCAAGUGCCACGAGGCCGCGGCCUUCGCGACGUCUCCGGGUUUCGUGGCUCACGCGGGAGACGGCGGCGGCGGCGGCGGCGGAUCUCCAUCAUCGCCAUCGUCGUCUUCGUCGUCGUCGCUGAUGCUCAGACGAGGCUACUCGGGCGGCGGCGGCGGCGGCGGCGGUGGUGGCGGUGGCGGCGAUGCCCCCAAAAGUCUCGUCAAGGGCCACGAUUUCACGCCGCACACUGCCGGAGGGUCCGACGGGUGCCUCGGUGGCCGCUACCACCGCCAGCUGCCCGUGGUUGCGCACGGAGCCGCGGUGUACGCGGCCAUCGAUCAGUACGGCGGUCACCACCACCACCAACAGCAGCAGCAGCAGCAGCACCAACAACAGCACCACCACCACCAACAACAGCAGCAGCAGCAGCAGCUGGAAGUUGCGAGCGCCAGCAGAUUGUUGGUCUGCGGGAUGGACUUCAGUUCCCAGGGUGCCGCGAUCCCCUUCGGAUACGAGCAAGGGGAUGAGGAGGCCCCUUGCGAGGGGAUCUACCCCGACCUCGGGGUCUUGGCGCAGGGGAUGCGAGGGGGCCACGGGGUCCUUCCAGACGUUCCGCGACUGACCCAUUUGUAGCCGCCGCUGAUGAUGAUGUUGCUGCUGAUGAUGAUAAUGCUGCUGCUGCUGAUGAUGUUCUGCUGAUGAUGUUGCUGCUGAUGAUGUUGCUGCUGCAGAUGAUGA